AUGAAGGUCAAUGUGGCGAGCAUGGAGUCCAGUACGAGCAUGAAGGACAAUGUGGCGAGCAUGGAGUCGAGUAUGGACCAGCUGCUACGCACGGUAUGUGACGACCGUGCAGGAGCAGAGCACGGCUAUCAACAGCAAUCUGUCGAAGAGGAGGGAGCGGACUGGCUGGCAGUGACGACAGUGCAGGAGCAGAGCACGGCCAUCAACAGCAACCUAUCGGAGAGGAGGGAGCGGAUUGAGCAGCUGAACGGCACUCGCAGCCUGCUGAGGAAGGCACAGUUCAUAUUCGACCUUCCCAAGCGCCUCAGAACCUACUCCAAGAAUCACCAGUACCGCGCAGCAGUCAAGGCAUACGUGGGCGCUCUGCCCAUUCUGCAGUCUUAUGGCGAGACGUCCUUCAGAACAUGCAAGAAGGAGGCUGAUGACGUCAUGGCUGGCAUCAGCAAGCGGCUGCAGGCGCGGGUGAUGAGUGAGGAGGAGGCGAUGGAGCAGAGGGCCGAGGCUGCUGAGCUGCUGCAGGAGCUGGGCCACCAGGCGCGGGUGAUGAGUGAGGAGGAGGCGAUGGAGCAGAGGGCUGAAGCGGCUGAGCUGCUGCAGGAGCUGGGCCACCAGGUGGGCCCUCUCAUGGAUGCGUAUUUGUCGACGCACUGGGAGCGGCUGAUUGGGGAGCUCAGGCAGGCGAGCGACGAGGUGGGCAGGACGGAGGAGAGCGGCGUGGUCGACCCCACUGCUCCCUCGCAGACCUUCGUUGAUGCUCUCAAAAGGGACUUCAUGGAUGAUUUUGAGCGCACAGCCGCAUCGUUCCGAGGGAUAUUCCCCAUGGGAGGGGACAAGCUCACUGAGGCCACCUGCUCCCUCUUCAACGAGUACAUCACAUAUCUGCAGCGCUGCAUGCAGCCUUCAGACACCCGCUCCUCGUCUGACCUCGUGUUUGCGCUCAGAAAGAUCUCUCAGGACGUGGUGAAAAUGUCGGAGCUUGUCCCUGAUGCUGACCUGCAGGACAGAGCGGCAGAGGCCUUGGCAGCAGCGGUGCGCGAUCACAUCAUGCAGGGCUUUGCACUCUUGGAGAUUCGAAUCACAGGUCUGCUUUCCCUUUUCCACCCUCGCCGCUCGCCCCUUCACCCCCCUUUCCUCCACCUUUCUCCUCCCUCCAGACGGACUGCACGCAGUGGCAGCAAAGCUAGGAGCGCACGGCACGGCUCCCUGCCGUCCCUUGGUCAAGUCCUACUCAGCGGGGGUAUGCCACUCGCUGCAGUGCUCGAGACUUAUUCCUCCCUCCUCCUCUCCCACCCCCCUUUACUCCUCCCCUCAGACGCGCUGCAUGCAGUGGCAGCAAAACCAGGAGCGCACGGCUCCCUGCCCUCCCUCGCUGCAGCCCCACCCAAGUCGCUGCAUGGAGGGGGUGACAGGCCUCUGGCAGCAGUGCUGGACUCAACUCAUCCCGUCUGUCCCAUCCCUCCCUGGACUCAACUCUCGCCCCACCCUACUCCCCUCAGAUGUGCUGCAUGCAGUGCCAGCCAAGCCAGGAGCGCACGGCUCAUGCUCCGCAUGCAGUGGCAGCCAAGCCAGGAGCGCACGGCUCAUGCUCUGCAUGCAGUGGCACCCAAGCCAGGAGCGCACGGCUCAUGCUCUGCAUGCAGUGGCAGCCAAGCCAGGAGCGCACGGCUCAUGCUCUGCAUGCAGUGGCAGCCAAGCCAGGAGCGCACGGCUCAUGCUCUGCAUGCAGUGGCAGCCAAGCCAGGAGCACCAGGCUCUCUGCCCUCCCUCUCUGCGGGCCAGGCCAAAUCGCUUCGUGGAGAGGGGGACCGACCCCUGGCAGCAGUGCUGGAAUCAGCUCAAGGACUCAUCCUCAACUCGUCCCUAAGGCUGCUGGAGGAUUUCAGGUCCCUUCUCCAUGACCGCGUUGACCUCCUCUCCUCCUGGACCGACGACUUCCUCUCUCUCGUCCAAUCACAGCUCUCGGUGCUCUUCGGCUCCCUCAACUCCCACUUCCUCACCCUCUCCACCCCUCCGCCUGCCCACGUGCAUCAAUCCCCCACUGGCACUGAGCGCCCCCCUCCCUCCACGCCUGGAGGCCACCUCCCUCCACCCCUGGGUCAGGUAAGCCACUCCUGCAUCCUCUCACCUCAUCCGCUCUCUCUUUCUUCUCUCCUCUUCAUACUCUUCGCCUCUCUUAACUCCCACUUCCUCUCCCUCUCCACCCCUCCGCCUGCCCACGUUGACCAAUCCCCCACCGGUACUGAAAGGCCUCCUCCUGCAGGCUGCAACACCUGA